AUGUCUUUCUUUGGAGUAGGAAAUCCAUUUGCCACACCGGUUGGUCAAAAAAUUGAACAAGCCACAGAUGGAUCCCUUCCUUCAGAAAAUUGGGCCCUUAAUAUGGAAAUAUGUGAUAUUAUAAACACUAGUGCAGAUGGACCUAAAGAUGCCAUAAAGGCAAUUAGAAAAAGACUGACCCAAAGUGCUGGGAAGAACUACACAAUUGUUAUGUACAGUUUAACUGUACUGGAGAGCUGUGUUAAGAAUUGUGGAAGACCUUUCCAUGUUCUUGUGUGCAAUAAGGAGUUUAUAUCUGAGUUGGUAAAAUUAAUUGGCCCAAAAAAUGACCCUCCCACGGUUGUACAAGAAAAGGUUUUGAGUCUCAUACAGUGCUGGGCGGAUGCUUUUCAAAAUCAACCGGAGUUGCAGGGAGUAGUACAAGUGUACAACGAAUUACGGACCAAGGGUGUUGAAUUUCCUAUGACCGACUUGGACGCUAUGGCACCUAUAUUUACGCCGCAACGGAGUGUUCCUGAUGGCGGCGAGCCGAUGGCUGGCUCUCCUCAGCGUAACGUCUUGGCGCCGAGUUCUCCCAUUCGGAUGCCGCUUGAAAAUAGUACUGGCACGGUGACCCUAUCAGAGAGUCAGACAAGCAAGCUAAGGGCCGAUCUAUCCGUGGUUGAGGGCAACAUGACAGUUAUGAAUGACAUGUUGAACGAACUGACAGCACAGCCGUAUACGCAGCAUCACGAAUCUGACAUACAAUUGCUUGAUGAGUUGGCAGACACACUCCGGGCCAUGCAAAGUCGGGUGGCAGAAUUAGUGGGGCGUGUAUCUGACGAGUGCCCUUUGACAGCCCAGCUAUUGCUAACUAACGACCAGUUACACAACUUACUUCUGAGACACUCUCGCCUAACCAGCAACCGAAACGCAGCUACCGGUGUUGCCACGCCAUCGGCCAUUCUCGGUGCCGCCAUGGGAGUUCCUGGGACUGUAUCACCCCCCAAGAAAGAGGAGGACGCACUCAUCGAUCUAAGUGACGAUGUUCCUGAUAUUGCUAAAUUAAGUGUGACAGACACGAAGAUUGAGAAGUCUCCAAGCGGCUCCAAGGACGAGUUUGACAUGUUCGCUCAAUCUCGAAAUGUCACGUAUGAAUCUUCCAAAACUGGUGGAAGCAGUUACGCGGACAACUUAGAGGAGCAGACGACAGCGGGAUUAGCAACGGCCGCUAACACACGAGCGACCCAGCAACCCUUGCCAUCGGGAAUGGAUCAAAGGGAAAUCGAUGAGAUAUCUGCUUGGUUAGAACAAGAAAAGGCCGCCACAGAAGCCAAUGCCAACGCUGGACAAGAAAGUGUAACGAGCAGUGACUUCGAGAAGUUUCUAGCAGAGAGAGCUGCCGCAGCAGACAGCCUCCCUGACGCCAAUAACACAAGCAACACGCCCAGGCACCGACAGAUCAACAAGGAUCAAGAUUCGAUGUUCGCCCUAUAA